AUCAGGUCGUUUGUAUCGUUUACAACAAAAAUAGAAACCAUGGCAGAUACGACAACAACCACAAAUGGAAAAGCAAAAUUACCGCCUCUUACCCCUUCAGCUGGAAUAGGGGACACCGAUAAACCUAAAAAGAAAGUUGUACGCAAGAAAAAGAAGCCAGCAGAAGAAAGUACAGGAGAAACGGUUGAAGGUAAACCUAAGGCAACUCCGCGUCGAAAAAAAGCUGCAAGUGCUGACUCGACCACGGAAGCUGGCGCGGAGUCUACAGCCCCUAAAAAGAAGAAAAGAGUACCAAAGAAAACAGAAGAUGUAGAUGCAGACCCGUCUUCUGCCAGGAGUGGAGCCAGUCAAGGAGAGGAUGUCAGUGGGAGUAAAGCCAGUCUGAUUAAAUCACCAAAGGAAGGCACACCAAGAAAGAAGAAAGUGAAAAAGAAGAUUAAAAAGACCACAGAAAAAACAGAGGAUGACAGUAUAUUUGAUAGUACACUUGCUGCAGAUCUCACUGAUAUACAAGAUGAUAUUAUUGCUCAUGAUGCAAAGGUUGACGAAGAAGAGGAAGAGGAAGGAUAUUCAAAACAACCGUAUUCCACAGCAUCCGCAGUGCUACGCUCACAACCUACAGAAAAAUUCUAUAUUGAAACAGAUGGUGGUUUCAAGGGAGAGUACAAGAGCAGGUUUGCCAAGAGACAAGCUGAAGAGUUGAAAGAGAAGGCUGUUGUUCCCGAGGAACCUAAAAACACUACAAUAGAAUUUGCUAUAAAUACACAUAAAGUGAUUCGUACAUUCUGUUUAUUUUGUCAUGGACUACUAGCCGGUUUAUCAGCCUGGCAUAUUGUUAUUGCGUACAUGUUGUUGGAUUUUGGAGACAUGGAUUUUAUCUUGCACUACAGAAAGCUUGCCUUACCUGUUCAGUGUAUAUUCUACAUCCUGCUGGUUUUAUGUUCCCUGUCAGCUUUAGAUAGAUCAGAUGUAGCUAACCCUGGAAGGGGCUUCCUCCUGAAGGCACUAACAUUACAGAAUGGGAUGGCCUCAGUUGUGUUAUAUUUUGCUGCCCUUAUCAUCAGCCUGUCAAAUGGUGCGCUAGAAGACAAGAUCCACUUGUAUGAGCUGCAACCAGAACUCUGGAAUAACACACAAACUACAGCAGAUGACCUGAAGCUAUGGCGGGAUCUGAACACAACACGUAAUGUGCUCAGCGUUGUGGGAUGGUUUGUAAUUUCUCUGUCACCGCUUACAGACAGACUGACGGAAAACCUGCAAGAUAUGGAUGAGGAAGAUUUACUAGGUGUUGAAGUAGAGACAGGAAAAGCAGCUAUUGCUUAAUACAAGAGUUGUUGAUUUUGUGACGAAAUCAGCAAAAUCUUUUCGUUGUAGUUGGUAUAUGAGAAAGAGACUAGAAGAUGUGCUGUUACAGUACCUAUGAUCGUACAUGUAGCUGGGGUAAUUUCUGGACAGAAUUUAUGCUUAAUGUCAGAUGUAUUUUUAGAUUUGAAGCCUUGUUGUAUUUCAGUUAGAACUAUUGAGCAUUCCAAGCAACUUGUGUUACUGUGUUUUAGAAUGUUAAGACAAAAUUAUCUUUCUGGAUCUGUGUUAAUAAUCACCAUUUAAAAUACUGCUCACUCAAAUAUAAACUUUUUUGUUAGAAGGAGAACAUUCCUAAAUUGUUUACAGCAUACCUCAGUCAUGUGGAGAAGUUGUCAGGUAUUUGUUUCAAGAACAAAUAAUGAAGUAGAUAAAGAACAAAUCAGUACAGGCACAAAAUUUAUGCACAAAGGUCAGGUAUUGUUAAAAACUGCGUAAAUCUUAAUCAAACAAACAAUAGAAUUUUAAAAUAGCUAGUUUACAUUUUACUGUUUAGUCUGUGUUAGUAUAGUCAUAUCCAAGUAAAUUGAAUCUAGUUAUACCCCCACAAACGAAGUUUGGAUGAGCUUGUCAGUCUGUCUGUUGGUUUUCAUGGUUUCUGGAAAAUAACUCAUGAAAGGCUUGAUAUAUUUAAAUAGUGUUUGGUACACAGGUGUAACAUCAUAAAAUACAGGUCAAGUUCGACUUGGCUACAAACCACCAAUUUUUUGACGUAGUUAUGGCCUAUUUCCAACUUAAAAUUUGCCAGACUCAUGGUUUCCGGACAAUAACUCGUGAAAGGCAUGACAGAUUUAUAUAUAAUUUUUUGUACACAGGUGUAACAUCAUAAAAUACAGGUCAAGUUCGACUUUGGCUACAAACCACCAAUUUUUUGACGUAGUUAUGGCCUAUUUCCAACUUAAAAUUUGCCAGACUCAUGGUUUCCGGACAAUAACUCGUGAAAGGCAUGACAGAUUUAUAUAAUUUUUUGUACACAGGUGUAACAUCAUAAAAUACAGGUCAAGUUCGACUUUGGCGACAAACCACCAAUUUUUUGACAUAGUUUUGGCCCCUUUCCAACUUAAAAUUUGCCAAACUCAUGGUUUCCGGACAAUAACUCAUGAAAGGCUUGACAGAUUUAAAUAAUUUUUGAUACACAGGUGUAACAUCAUAAAAUACAGGUAAAGUUUGACUCUGGCGACAAACAACCAAGAUUUUGGACGUAGUUAUGGCCCCUUUCCAACUUAAAAUUUGUCAUACUGGUACUUCUGUGACAAGGCCGUAUUGUAGGGGUAUUAUUCGUCGCUCCUGUGACAGUUCUAGUUUUAGUUGGUUCCUGCAUUGCCCAGAGUUCCUCUGCAGAUGAAACAGUUUUUCAACCAAAUAUAUGGAACAGUUUUUAGCCAAGCAGAUGGAAGUUUUCUAGCAGACUUUAAUUUUAUUCUUCUGUAACUAACCACCACAUUUUUUUCUGAUUUUGUAAAUGUUUGAGUUUAAUUACAAGUAUGAAUAUUUGAUGUUGUCUUCGGUUCUGCUUGCAGAUUUUAAUUGCAUGUUGGGACAGUAACACAGGUCCUGUAUAUUAAGCUGUUAUCAACUUGCAAAUGGAUUGGGGAGAAAUGUGAUUAUAUUUCUUUAAUACAAGAAAAGUGAAUGACAAAGUAUGGUAAAUAGUUUGAUAAACAAGAUUUUUUUUUUAGGUAGCUAGUUAUAUAUAUUUAAUACUUACAGUCGAACUUCACUCGGACUCGGAUAAUUUGAACACUACCCUUAAGUCAAACUCAUCAUCAUGUCCAGCAAAAUCCCUGUAUGAUGUGUAUUGUUCCAUGGCUCAAACUGCCAAUAACUCUUAUUUUGGAUGGUCCUGUUGGGUUCAAGUUAACUUAUUUCGACCACAUACUACUUAAUAGAAUAUUUAGGCUGUUUUAAAAGUGUGCAGGAUGUUCUAGAUAUGUAACGAAACUAAGAUAGUAUUUGUGUCAUUUGUUAUAUUGAUUAAGGUGUUGAGCAAGUUUGAUCUCUUGCGUGGCAUAUCCUUGAAGAUUUGAAAGAAGACAUUGUAGUUAAAAUUACUUGUCAUCUGUCUCUGAGUUCUUUGUAGAAAUUGUCAAUUACUUGCUGAAAACUCGUCAGUUCUGAUACCUGUAACUCUUGUUAUGUUAAUUAACUGACUGCUGUUGCAUAACUGGAGUACUAUUAAAAUGUUGUAAAAGCCGUCAGACAAUAGAUUGAACUGAAGGAAGAGGUAUUUGACAUGUAAAACUGUGUAUAAAGGGUGAUAUUUAUAUUUUAUGAUUAUAUUAUAUAAUAUUAAUGUAGUUAUUAAUUCCGUCCAUAUUGUAUUUAUAUUUAUGGCAUGAAACAAAAAUAAAAUUAAGAAACAUGA